CACUCCUGAUCCACCCAGUUGUACAGGGCCCACAGGGCCAAGGGUGGACCCCAGAUGGUGCAGACAGAUAUACUGGGACUUCACAUGUAUGCUGUGAGGACACAGGACACUUUCUGUCUCCCAGGCUUUACCGAACACUCAAGAUCAGGUCUGCCAGUCCUGCUCCCCUGGGAUGAGUCAACCUGGAGUAGAAAUUCCGGAAUGAGCCUAGUAGGAGAGCUUUGAGAGCCUUUGCAUCCCUGCUACCCCGGGGAAGAGAUUGUUUUGGAGAGAAAUAGCUGUCUGGUAGAAUUCCCCCUUCUUCCCCCUCCCAUCUCAGCUCUAGUGCAAUAGGAGCUUGUAGGGAUAGUGCGCACCCGAGUGGCCGCUGGGAGCCAGGAGGCCGCGUCACUGGGUCCGGACCUUGUCGUGACCGCCCAGCAGUCACCACCACCCCCGCCCCCUCACUGCUUGUUCGCGCGGCGUGUUUACUUCUGGUACCCGGGUCCCCUCCUCUGUGUCAUCUCCCUGGAUUCUGGUCCUCUGGUCUCCAUGGAGCAGCUGCUGCGCGCCGAGCUGCGCACCAAGACACUGCGGGCCUUUGGGAGCUCCGGGGCCGGCUGCAUCAGUGAAGGCCGUGCCUACGACACCGACGCUGGUCCGGUGUUUGUCAAGGUCAACCGCAGGACGCAGGCCCGGCAGAUGUUUGAGGGAGAGAUGGCAAGCCUGGAGGCCCUCCGCAGCACCGGCUUGGUGCGGGUACCUAAGCCCAUGAAGGUGAUUGACUUGCCAGGAGGUGGGGCUGCCUUUGUGAUGGAAUAUUUGAAGAUGAAGAGCCUGAGCAGCCAGGCAUCAAAGCUCGGGGACCAGAUGGCAGAUUUGCACCUUUACAACCAGAAGCUCAGGGAGAAGGCCAAGGCCCGGGAGAACACAGUGGGCUGUGGGGCCGAGGGUGCCGAGCCCCAGGGUGUGACCAAGUUCGGCUUCAACACAGUGACGUGCUGCGGCUUCAUCCCACAGGUGAACGAAUGGCAGGAUGACUGGCCAACCUUUUUCACGCAACACCGGCUCCAAGCACAGCUGAACCUCAUUGAAAGGGACUAUGCUGACCGGGAGACACAAGAACUGUGGUCAAGACUACAGGUGAAGAUCCCGGACCUGUUCUCUGGUGUAGAGAUUGUCCCUGCCCUCCUCCAUGGAGACCUCUGGUCUGGCAAUGUGGCGGAGGAUGACCAGGGGCCCAUUAUUUACGAUCCAGCUUCCUUCUAUGGCCAUUCUGAGUUUGAACUGGCAAUCGCACUGAUGUUUGGGGGGUUCCCCAGAUCCUUCUUCACUGCCUACCACCAGAAGAUCCCCAAGGCUCCAGGGUUCGACAAGCGCUUGCUGCUCUAUCAGCUCUUCAACUACCUAAACCACUGGAACCACUUUGGGAGGGAGUAUAGAAGCCCAUCCUUGGGCGUGAUGAGGAAGCUGCUCAGGUAGCAGAGGGCUGGGACCUAAUAAAAAGUCAAUCGGGACCCCAACUGGGCUAAUUUGGAGUUGGCCUCCAACAAGUUCAUCAAGAAUGGGCUGUGAGGCUGCGGCAGUGCUGACAGAGGGAGCUGUGUAUGUCGCUCCUGCUGAUGCUGGCAUCUGAUACAGCAUCACUGUUCUCAGCAAGUUCCCACCUCAGCGGCUGCAGCCCCAAGUGCCACAGUUGGGUAGGAAGGACCGCCCCCACCAUGACUCUGGUCAUUCAGUUGCAAUUGCCACCAGACCCUCUUCAGUACCUCACUUUUUUCCCUACUUUUUUUUUAGAGAUUAUUUUGUGUAUAUGUGUGUUCAAAUGUGUAUGUAUAGGUUAGAGUACAAACCUUGUGUUUUCUCUUCUUCCACUAUGUGGGAACCAAACUUGUUGGUUAUCCACAACAUAUCCAAGAAGACUGCUCUGACAUGGAUUUAAGCCAAUAGAAACUCUUUAUUAGCCAGCCAGUGACUACAGCAGGUGUUUGGAAUCCCAGCAUAGCAUUGAGUCUUUCUCAGGGUGAGCUUUUUGUUUGUUUGUUUUCUUUUUCGAGACAGGGU